AUGGCGGAUCGCCCAGCUAUAUACCCCUCGUCGGCUCUCAACCUCGGAAUACGCCAAUCGGAAAUCCGCCUGAUCGCCAUUACGGUCAUAUCCUUCACAGGCGGCACGAUCCUCAUCUUCGUGCUUGGAUGGGCCGUCAUGCAAGUGGUAGACCGCGUAAGGGAGCACCGCACCGCCGACACGAGGCGAACCGGCCAAUUCAAGUCCUUCGCAUAUAAGUGCAAGAAAGCCAAGAAGUGGAAUCAUUUCUUCAACGAACGCCGGUGGCGGAAUGGCGAGCGGGAUGGACUCGAGGAUCCUCUGGUCGAUAUCGAGGCGAAGCGGACGCGGGCCGCGCUCUACCCACUCCGGGGCGGCGACCGGCUGCAGUAUCUCUACCCAUCAAGUCGUCUUGCUGAGCUGCAUAGUGCGCGUUCUCAGUUCGGAGGCACUGAUUCUGAAUAUAGUCUACCGAGGAUGCCACUGCCUACCUACUCACCCGCAGCCUCUUUUGGUUCUUUGCAUUCCUCUCCCCAAUUCUCGCCUCCGAGCUAUAGGACAGACCCUUCUUGCGAUAGCGCCCCGGAGGAGAGCCCCAACCCGACCCAGUCAAAUGAAAGGUACCAAUAUUUCAGUAACGGUGUCGCACUGGACAUUGCCGCCCCCAUAUCCAGCAGGCCCUUGUCUUACACAACCAGGAUUCCGGCUCCUCGAGUGGACGAUGAACUGGACCCAGACUCAUUCUCGUUAUUUUCUCCGCCGCCUUUGAGAAUACCAUCUCCCCCACCUCCGAUCUACGCAUCGCCUAGCUCUAGCGCCAGCCCUCGGGAUUCGCCUAGCUCAACCUACUCUUCCCCACCAUCCUGCUCCACGCCAUUUAGCAGCAACCCUGGCGAUCUUGGUAUAGACAUAGACUACUACAUGAUGUUUUGCGAUACAGACCAAAUGGAAGCCCCGCCUCCUCAAAGUCCAGAAGCGGCAAACCAAGAACCCCGUUGCAAUGCGCGUCGGUUUGGGUGGGCGAAUCUAUCAGCGUGUCUACCGUCGAACCUCAGUCUUUCCUCCGUGGCCCGUCGCAAAGAUGCUGGGAAACUUAUUUCUGGAUCCCUCCCUGGUUCUCCGGUUCUAUCUGGCCGACCAACUGGGCCACUUCCCCCGGUUCCAACGACCGGCUCGCGGUUUAACGCAUUCACAUCUGAUGCCUCCUUGCCUCCAAGUCUUCGCCCAGUUUCUGGCCUUGGACUACGCUCCGAUGAUAUCUCGGGUCUAAGACUCAAUUCAGGUUCCAUAAACGCACCCCCUGCGGACAACAAGGUUUUGAUUCGCGAGACGACGUCUCAACCACGAUCUAUACUCCUCACAGCACGUUCAACUUCAACCCGGUCUGAACGACCGACAGUGUCGUUUGUUUCUCCUGUACUUCCUUCGGCGCCCUUUCCGGGUGAUAAACACGAUCAGGCUCGUCAUUCUCUCCCUAGUUCUGCGUCUGGGUAUUCCACUUCAGCGUACUCGAACGAGUCUCGAGUUGAGGAUGGUGAAGGGUGCGAUUUAUCGGCGAUUUGGGAAGAGAUGAUGAGGAACGUUGCCCCGUUGAGUCCACGCAAACGGGAAGAGUCACCGAGCACGGACGAUGCAAGGAGAGUGCCAGGGCUUGCAAUCUGA